AUGAUUCCCAGCCUCCAGCCCUCAAGGCCAAAAGUAACUACUCUCAAACCCGCAGCAGCACAACAACUAACGCCCAACCUCCAGCCUCCACAACACUCCUCACACCACCCACCCGCGCAACAACAACAGCGACGCGUCUUCCACUCCCCAUCCCAUGUCCCCUCCCAACAAUCACAACUUCCUACAAAUCCGCCUUUGAACUCUGCGCGACCCCGAUCGCAAAUCGAAGCCAUGCCGCCAUUCGGUCCCGCUCAAACACCCGCUACUUUCUUCACACCCGUCUACGAUAGCGCGAUACGGCAUCCAGUCUUCUUCACGCAGAAUCUAAAAAAACCGCCGUUUCCAAUACCGCAGGUUGCUGCUCAGAGCUGGAAUCCGGUGGCGAGCGGAUAUGUUGCGGAGCAGAGGAGGAGCGGUGAGGUAGCUGGGAAGACGAAGUUGUGA